CGUUCGAAUCGUCAUCAGACGGUUGGUAAAUUUUCUCGCUCUCGUCGCUCUCGGUUUUAGCCCCACCGUAUGCGUGUGUUUGUUUGUGCCUUGUGUAUGUGCAUGUUCGUGUGAGCCCGUGACGCAUUCUUGUUUUGCAUCGAAAAUCACCAAAAGAAAUCAAAGGAAAUCACCAAUAAAGCUGUUAAAGCCAAAAAUUAUUAUAGGCUAAAAAUCCAAGCAUAGUUAAAAAUCCAACGACCCUGCAUGUGCAACUCCAAUAGCAAGUGUAUGUGUGUGUAUUAAGUGGGGAGUGGUGGCAGCUGUGGGGGAAGGAAGCGAACGAGCCGCAAAAGAGAGCCAGAAAAAAGGGCGAGGGCGACUGGCUGGAAAAAAGAGAAAAAGAAAAAAAACGGAAAAGGAACAAGAGAAAUCAUAAAAACGCCGGCAACAGCGAUUCUCGAGUGCCCUCCCCUCCACGUCAAGUAAGGAAAGAUAAGACAACAAUAGAGCAACAAAAACAGCAGCGUAAAGUAAAGAAAGAACAAAUAGACAGAAAGAGCAGGAAACAAAAGCGGCGCCGGCUUCACAUUGGACAUGUCAUGUCAGCAAGCCUCCAGAUUCCAUUCAGCCACCGCAACAGCCACAUUAGCCAAGAGCACAGCCACCAGAAGGAUUGCUACAGCAGCAGCAUCAGCAACUGCCACAGCAGCAGCUACUGUAGCAGCAGGAGCAGUGAUAACCACAGUAACAGCAGCGCUGACGCCAGUGGAGAGCAUUGCCGGCAAGACGACGUCCGAGGACUCGGAUCCAUAUGCCUUCACAGAGACUGUGGCCGUCGCACCGCCCAUUUUAUUCAAUGCACAGAAAUCUAGAGCCCGCUUAAGCGACAGCAAUAGGGGCAGCAACAAGAGGCAGACAGCAGCAACAGCUGCGGCUAGCAGAAAGGCAAAUCUGGUGGCCCAAUUGAAUGUCACAGCAGCAUCAAAGGCGCAGGCGUCUUUGGCGACUAACACAACGAAUUUCAAUCAUGUCACGCAAUCUCAGAGACAAUCGCCGGCGUUGCAGUUGCAAUUACCUUUGCAAUCACAGUCGCAGUCGCAGGCCUCUCCGAAGAGGGCCACCAACGUGUGCAUAGUCCGCCCUCAGCAGCAGCAGCUGGAGAAGAUAGCACCUUCGGAGUCCUGCCAGCUGCCGUCGGCACCACCCCCGCUGUAUGCCCACACUCCAUCUCUAUGGCAGACGCCGCUCCUCCUUGACAAUGGGCAAAAGCAACCGCAACAGCUGCAACCACAACAGAAGCAGCUGCAACAGCAACAGAAAGCACAGAAGCUGCAACAUGUCCAACAGCAACAGUUGCAUCAACAGCAGCAACAGCAUCUUUUGCAGCAACAGCUCCUCCAGCAACAUCAGCAACAUCUCCCGCAGCAUCAGCAACAGCUCCUUUUGCAACAACACCAACAGCUUCUUCAGCAGCAGCAGCAACAGCAAUCUGUUGCGAUUGCGUUGGUCAGCCCGCCCACAUCGCCCGCCUCAUUACCUUCGCCUACUUUGCCGCCUGCCACCGCUGCAGUGACCGCCAUGGUAGCACCGAUCUCUGUAUCGCCCAAGGGUGGAUUACCUUUGCCGCCAUCGAAAUUCCAUCAUACCACAUUGGCGCAACAUUUGCAGAAGGUGGAGUGUUUGAAGAAAAAGAAAUCCUUGCCAUUGGCCUGCCAAAACAACAACAACAAUAACAAAUUGCAGAACAAUAACAAUGUGGUGGAGUCACUUCAAAAACCGGUGGUGCAGGGAUCGAACUACAAUCAAACUCAGCCACCACCCCUGAUGGUUUUUAAUACGGGAACAGUUGCAGUUUCCACGCCGACUCCACAGAUUGCUGCUCCACAGAAACAUUCCACCAGCAACAAUGUGGAUGACAGCGAUCUUAACGAGAUACCCGUCAACGUUAUCUUCCGAAAGCCUUCAAUGGCGGGCGGAGCAACGACGUCGGCAGCAGAAGCUGCAGGAGUCAUAAGUGGCACUGGACCGGGGUCAACACUACAGCGGCCCACGGGAAAUAAAUUGUUGACACCUCUGACGCCGCCAACUCCGCCUGAGAUGAGUGCACCGCCUUUGCUUGCGCAAAUGCAACCCCAGAUGCCCACAUCUUGUGUUCCGUCUUUAGCUCCCAGCUUCAAAGUGGUGCCACCAGCAGUUGUCAGCACCAAAGUGGUAUCACCAGCUCCUCCAAGCUCAAUGCCCUCGGUUACAGCAGUGCCCGCUUCAACGAACUUACUGCAGAGUGCACCAUCAGCUGUUCUAGCCACCACAACCUCAUCAGCACCCGCAUUAGCCAAGAAAACUGAACAAAUGUCUUCCAAAGUGGCCAAUUUAAACGCCGCCAACCAUCAAGCGCCAAUAGCUUCAAAAGGUGGCAGAAAAGGCAUCACUAACACUAACAACAAUAGAAACGAUAACGUUAUAGCAAAGAAACAGCCACAAUCUUCGAUGCCGCCUCCAAAGGAGCCGAGUCCAUCAUCAGCAAACAAGGCAGCAGAUCCGGAAUAUCGUCAGCGACGACGCAAACCUGCCUCUAAACGCAACGUAGCAAAUUUGAGUGAGAAUGAAAUCUAUCCGGCAGAUUCCCCCUACUGCCUGCAACAGCACUGGCUGCACUCUGGAUUCAAGGAGAAAACCAACGACACACCUCUUUCGCAGAGCAACCGUCGUGAGGAGCGGAUUGCGCUCCGAAAAGGGUUCUUGAGGCGACAGGCGCUGCAGUUGCUGUCUACAAGGUCGUUACAGGAGCUACCCAUGCGAGCGGCUAAACAGCGAUUGCAGAGCGUCCAAAACUUGCUGAUUAAAUACCAGGAUCACGCUGCACAGCAGGAGGGAGUUGGAAUUGGCAACCGAUGCUUGGUGGCCAGCUGCAAGCAACCCACGCUGAGCAUGGCGGCGCACUGUGAGCGCCACAUUGUGAACAACGGCACGCAGCAGCUAUUCCAACCCUGUGUGGCAUGGCGCGUGGAUGGAACCGCUUGCCAUGCUCCUGUCUUUGAUGUGCUGCACACACUGGCUCUCUGCAAAGUGCACAGCCACCUGCGGUCCGGAAUGGAUGCAUCCCGUCCGGCACCGAAGCAGGUGCUGCCCGUAAGCUUACCUGUCACAGGAGUGGCAAACCAAUAUGUUCCCGCAAAGCAACAGCGAAAGCGAAAGGCAAACACAAAUCCCGUGGCUCGUCCGCAGAAACGUGGCAGAAAGCCGGCAAAUGAACUAAUGGUUAACCACAUCAGCAACCCGAUAAAUACACUGACGCUGACUCCUUCGGCGGGAAUGCAACGCAAGAGCAGCACCACCUCUCUAGAAUCCAUUGCCAGCAAUUCACACUCAUCGGCCACCUCGCACUCCCAGCCGCCGUAUACACCAGUAAAUGUGUCAGUUGCGGUUUCUGCAGCACAGAACUUACCCCAGCUAUCAAUUCCACCAGCAUUGGCUCCACUCAGCGGUGAUUUCGAGCCCAAACAGCAGCCAAAUGAACCGCUCUUGGUGCCCAAAUUGGAGGUGGAUACGUUGUUUAAAUUGGAGGCCGAUCAACUAACGUUGGACAAUGCCCAUAUCAAGGCCGAGGAGAUUAACCAAAUUGUAGCCCAAUUGGCGGCCGCCGGUGGUGAUUUGCCACAACACAACAAUAACAACAUAAAUAGCAACCAUAAUAACAAUAGUGUGCACUUCAACAAUAAUAAUAUGAACUAUAGCAACAAUAACAACAACCAGCACAGUUUCCCCUCAUUCAAUACGGCAUUUGGCAAUGCCAUGGGUCAGCCCACAAUCACGCACAAUGGUCAUGCUGCUCACACUGUGUUGGCCAACACGACGGAUCUACUGAGCCAGGAUAUGUUCGGAAUUUGCGAGAACAGCUCGGCUUAUGCCAGUUCAGAAGACACCGGCCUGGGCGGGCUCAGUGAGUCGGAGCUGAUAGGCGCUAACGAUGCUGAUGACAUAGCAUUGAAUGGUGCCCACUUACUGGAGGAGCACGAUCUGGUAAAUGUGUUCGACACUCUGCCGGACGAUGCUUUCAACGAACUGUUCCAAUCCGGUGUGUAUUUAACAACAAUUUUACUUGUUCAGCUUUUCAUUGUACUAAUCCAUGUGUGCCUCCGUUGCCACCGCCAUUGCCAAUGCCAUCGCCAUCGACCUCGCCUUGGAUCUGUGCCGAUGCAGUGCAACAAGCCGAGUGCGAGGCCAUGGACCGGGCUUUGGAGAUCGCCGAUAAGAACCUCAAGUGUCUGCAGCAGACGAUCGGCGGUUCGGACAGCGCCUUUCUUAAUGAUUUUCUGGAAGUCGGCGACGAUUUUCUGGCCGAUGCUGCGAUGCACUCACCGAACACAUCCGGCAUCGAUGCUGCCACUCUCUGCGUAGACAGCAGCAGCGGCGGUGGAAAUAGUAGCAGCAACGGUGUCACCGACAUUCGGGGCUUGGUUCAGACCUAAUUCUGGCAUCGGGUGGGAUUUAGGGCCUGCAGAUUUCUCCUCCACAGAAAAAGAGUGAUUUUCCAAGCUAAAAGUUUCCUUCAACUUUCGGGCAGCUUUCGCUAAAAGUUUCAAUACUUUCUUUUUGGCCAAUUUCUUAAUUGCGAUUCUGGUUCAGCACUAUCUUCUAUAUGCUGCUUAAAUGUUAUGCCUGCAUACUCGUACUCCAGAAAAUAUGCGUGAGAGCUAGAUAACAUUAAAAAACCAUAUAGUUAUGCGUUAAUGUGAAAAACAUAAAAAAAAAUUACAAAAAUUAAAAAACUUCGAAAAAAAUGUCCAAAAAUAUUUAAUUCAACAUAAAGAAGAAACAACAAUAAGAAUGAAAUGUAUAUGUAACCAACCGUACACACAGAAGAAACAUAAAUUAUGUAAAUUUGCGGGAAACUGUAGCAUUACAUAACUCUUAACGUAACUUAAUUUGUUAGUGAAACAACAAAGGAUUGUAGAGAGCAGCUUUAUUAUACAUAUAAAAAAACGUAAAAUGAUAGAAGAGAUAACCAGAGCAAACAGAGAAAAUGAAACCGAAAUAGUAGGAAAUCUAGCAACAAAUUUUGAAUUCUGAAUUAAAUGCACGAACGCGAUACAUUUGGAGAGUUCGUUAACCUAAGUAAGUCUAGAAUUUGUUUAAACAACAUUUUGUGAGCGCAUUUAUAACAAGAACACCUUACACUCAAACGAGAAUUGCAAUCAAUUUCAACAGAAAAACAAAAACAUGAGAAGCAGAAAAAGUUUUAGUUUGGUUUAGUUCUUGGUUUGCACGUAAUACAAACACACACACACACACAUAUACACUCACACCUACACACAUACAUACAUACAACGUACAAGGGACUAGUUUGAAACCGCGAAUCGUAUUACUAAAUAUAUAUACAACUAUAUAUAAUUAUAUAUAAAAUAUAAAUAUAUAUAUACAUGAUACUACUUAAAUAUAUCUGUACACAUACGUUUAAGUGUAAGCUUUAAUUUAAACCAACCCACAAACAAAGAAAAGGAAAAAUCUAUAACAAAAACAAAAAAAAAAACAAAACAAAACAAUACAACAGAAUGUAAAAGUGUAAACUUGAUUUAUUUUUAAGGUCUUUUAUUUAGCCAUUGCGCGAUGGCCGAAAACUUCGUUCGAUUUUAAUUUAGCCUAACAAAUUUUAAAAGCAAAAUUAGGCUGACCGACAAUUUUUGAGUUUCUUACCUUGCGUUUGUCUAUAUAGAUUCUGUAAAUUAACAAAUAUUAAAUAGAACAUAAAUGAAAUGUAAUUUUCUUUAGUCUAGUGACAAGCAACCACUUAUAAAACGAGAUAUAUUUAUACAACCAAUACACAAAACAAGCAAGAAAACUGUUACGCUUUAAAAUACGAUAUAUAUAUAUAUAUAUAAAUAUAUAUAUAUAUAUACCAUAUACCACUCACUCGAGCCCGAUCCCAAAAUUACAGCAAAAACAAAUUCAGACCCAAACCAUUCCAUCUUCCCAUCCAUUGUAAGUUUUCAUUUAUCAUCUUUCACCUGGAAUCUAAGCAAGUAUUAAAUGAAUGAAAAACGUUUAAUAACACUAGAUUACUAUGUAUUUGUAUAUGUAUCACACGCAUCGACUUUUCAUUAUGUUUAAGCACACCCCAUCGCACACUCGGAACACUUGCAUCUUUCAUAGGGAUUUUCGUAAGGGCCGUGGCGGAAAUCGAAGCGAAACGAUAGGAGCAGAAUGAACUACUUUAAACAUAAUGGAACUCUGUAAUAUAUGAUAUACGAUUAACUCCCACACUCUCACUCUCUAUCUCUAUAAACCCUAUAUAGAUAUAUAACUGUAUUCGUUCUUGAGUUAGUUGAUUACCGAUUACUGGGUUGAUUACUGAUUAAGUUGGCCCGCACUUUACUCUGAUCUACUUCGCUGUGCAAGUGACGCGAACAAAAAUUUACGCCUUUUUUUUGAUUUGUUUAGUAGCGAAACUACAAAACCAUGUAUUUGAUUAUAUGCUUUAAAAAAAACUAUUUUUUACAAUACUUUACUUUAUAAGAACUGUAGCGAUGAACCUACAAGUCCACAUCCCUCCAGUAGCCGCCUCGUUUUCAUUAUUUGAAGUUUUGUCUAUGUUUUCGGUAUGAGGUACAAUUUCAUUUUGUAAUUUACGUGCAUUUUUGUGAUCUAAUUUGUGUAACUAUUAUAAACAAACAAAAACAAAAAAAUAAAACAAAAUACUUUAAGAAAACGAAAAAAAAAAAAAAUAAAACAGAUCGAAGCAAAUGAAAAAAAAAAACUUAUUGAUUUUAUGGCAACUGAAUAUUUUACCCUGAAAAUAUAAUACAAUAUUUUUAGUAAAAAAAACCAAA